CGCGACAUAACACCAUAGUCAAUUCACUUUCCAGCCCCUAUGAAGUUUGACAAGUAAACGAUUGCUGAGCUUUAAUUAUCAUAAUGCCUGCUCCAGGCGAACAGCAUGGUGGACGAGCGAUCGCGAACCCAUUCGAAGAGGUUAAACCGCGCAUAUCAGAAUACACAGCACAAGAAAUUGCUACAUUACAAAGUAGACUAGAGAAGCAACUAGGGCCCGAAUAUAUCUCAUCGCGAGCAGGACCGUCGGGACAUAAGGUACAUUAUAUCACAGCGGAGAAAUGUAUUCAGCUUGCCAACGAGGUAUUCGGAUUCAAUGGCUGGUCGAGUCAGAUCAUCGAGACACAAGUAGACUUUGUGGAUGAAAAUGCUACGACUUUGAAAGUUAGUUUAGGACUCUCGGUCAUUGUUAGAGUUACGUUGAAGGAUGGUACUUUUCAUGAAGAUGUGGGGUAUGGACAUAUUGAGAAUUGUAAAGGCAAGGCGGCGGCGUUCGAGAAGGCAAAAAAGGAGGGGACCACGGAUGGGUUGAAGAGGGCAUUGAGAAAUUUCGGGAAUGUGUUGGGUAAUUGCAUCUAUGAUAAGGAUUAUCUGGCCAAGGUUACGAAGAUUAAGGUCCAACCUGUCAAGUGGGAUGUCGAGAAUCUACACAGACACUCAACGUUUACUCCACAAGUAGUCGCGAAGAAAGAGAUUGAUGCACCAAAGGUCGCGGAAAAGGCUCAGGGUCCUGGACCGACGAGUACAAGCUUAUCAGGCGAUGACACAUUGAUAGGAGACGAUGAGUUCGGAGAUUUCGACGAUGCCGAUUUCAACGUUGCAGAUCCCAAUGCUCACCCAGAUGAAGUCGCACUUCCUCCCCCACGAACUGGUUCACACCAUUUCAACAAUGCCAGAAACAGUAACAAUGCGCCCUCGGGGAAUACAGGGCCACCAAACCAGAGUCGCACUUCUGGCCCCUCGGGACCUCCAGUUCCAAUAAUCAAGAGUGGUCCGUUAGUUCAACCAAAUCGACCACCAGAAGCUGGUGAACCAAUCAUCACUCGCAAUAGUCAUCCUCCACCGGCACCAAGAACACCCAAUGCAGGUCUCGCAAGAUCUAUUAGCGCAACAGGACCUAUUGUUCGCGCUCCUCAAGACUUAGUCCAACCAAACCGUCCUACUAACCUUGUUAACGCAUUUCCUGGCCGCGUUUUAAACCAGCCCAAUAGACCUCAACCUCAACCCCAAACAGCAUCCGGUCCCCCAUCUCCAUCUCGCAACAAUGACAUAACCGAUGAAAUGCCCCCACCAGGGGCUGGUUUUACUUCUGCUCGCGCUGCAUCUCUCCUACCCCAAGAACACACACCCUCCCAAGCCCCCCCUGCGAACCUCAACCUCCCUGCUUUCAACCCCAACCUCGAAUCCCCAUCUAUCCGGCGUACCCCAGGCGUUGAUCAAAGAUCCUCCAAACCACUUUCUCGCGACUUGAAACCCAUUCCUGCGUCUCAGGCUCAAGCUCCUACUACUGGUCCACCACAAGCGCAGCCAGCUUCUCGUCCAGUUGUCGCUGGAAAUGGGAAUAUGAAUUUGGGAAAUCCACAAUUAGAUACCACGAGAAGAAUUGGUGCGCCUGGUAGCCCGAGUCCGAUGAAUAUGGGUAAUAGGAAUAGUUAUAAACCGCCUACGAUGAUGAAAAGGCCGAUGCCGGAAGCGAAUAGAGCUCCGCUAAUGGAUCUACAGACGAAUGGGAGUGGAAUGGCGGGGGAUGAGCAUGGGAAUGGGGAUGCGAAGAGACAGAGGUUGAAUGGGAUGUAGAUUUCGAAGUACAUACAGCUGUAGUAGGACGAAACACGUAUAUGAGGCAUCGAUGGAGCUGAGGAUGUGAUGAUGAAAAUAGCAGUUGAUUGGUAACAGAGGCGUUAUGAUGGGUCGAAGGAUGGGCUGGAAAGGAAUGGAGUGGACAUGCCCAGCAAGGCACUUUUCAUAAUGACGGGAUUUGUCUAUAUAUGGAGUUCGCUGGGUAUUCUUGUACAUUGGGCAAGCACACUUUUGCGCUCACUUGCUUGUUGGUAGCCGAUCAUGGCUAAAUUAUGGAUUCAUUAGGUUGUGCUGUUGAAAGUGCUUUAAGAUAUCAUAGGGCAUGUUUAUUUGCAGAAUUCAUAUCAUGUUAUAGGUGC